AUGUCGGUGUUGAUUGAAAAUCCCGCCGCUUGUGAAAUCAGAUCUGUGAUUCGUUUUCUGAAUGCGAGGAAAGUGAAACCUAGUGAAAUUUAUCGGCAAAUUUGCGAUGUUUACGGACCAAAAGCGAUGAGUGAUUCAAUGGUGAGAAGAUGGGUCCGAAGUUCAAUGACGAACGUAGUGAUGUGCACGAUGAAGAACAAAGUGGGCGUCCAUCUUUGGUUACAGAAGAACUGGUUCACGCGAUUGAUGACAAGAUCCCAUGAAAACCGAAGGUUUACAAUUAGUGCUCUCGCUAUGGAAUUUCCCCAGAUUUCACGAUCACUAAUGCAUGAAAUUGUUACCGAAAAACUGAAAUUUCGUAAACUUUGCUCACGUUGGGUACCAAAGAUUCUUACUGAGCAACACAAAACAAAACGGAUGGGUAAUGCACUUCAGUUUUUGACCCGUUAUGCUGAAAGCGGCGAAGAAUUUCUGACACAGAUAGUCACAGGAGAUGAAACUUGGGUUUCUUACGACACCCUGAAAAUAAGCGGCAUCAAUGGAUGGAGGCACACUUCAUCCCCAGCAAAGGUUAAGCCGAAGCAAAUCUUGACACCUCGAAAAAUGAUGUGCACAGUGUUCUGGGACUGGAAAGGCAUCUUACUCAUUGAUUUCUUACCGCGUGGUCAAACAAUCAAAGCAGAUGCUUAUUGCGAGACACUUCGGAAAUUGCGCCGCGUAAUACAGAAUAAGCGCCGAGGAUUGCUGUCAAAAGGUGUUGUUUUUCUUCACGACAACGCACGACCACUCACUGCAAAUGUGACGAAAAACCUUCUACAGGGAUUUGGCUGGGACGUGUUUGACCAUCCUCCGGACAGCCCUGACCUCGCUCCUAGCGACUUUCAUCUAUUCUUACAUCUUAAGUCAUUACUUGGCGGUCAGCACUUCAACAAUGACGACGAGCUGAAAGAAACUGUUUCCAACUGGUUGAAGACACAGGCGGCAAAUUUCUAUGAAGAAGGUAUACAAAAACUUGUGCCACGCUAUGACAAAUGCCUGAAAAUAUAUCGGCAGUUAUGUGGAAAAGUAGUUUAA